AGUAGAAGUAUAACAUCGCGAGAGUUCGAGUGCUAGCUUACCCAUGCUAACAGCCUCCAUCACAAUUUGUUACUAUUUUCUUUGUCGCGUCAUUUUUCAGGUUUCAACCAAAACAUAAACUGUGAGUUUCUAAUGACGUCAGAUAAUUCACGGUGUUGUCAUGUUGAUUGGGAAUGACGUUUCUGUCACGUGUGUGGAUCAGCGCAGACUAACGGGCUAGCUAACGGGCUCGCUAACAGGAAGUCGCUGAUUCUGCUGCUGAAUUUCACGCACAUCUUUGUGACUUUGUGAGUUAAAACGCGCAGCGGCCGCUGAAUCACGAUGAAAUGAGUUAGCGUCACGAUGUCGGCCACGCGCCUCACGCACGGUGAUGUUUAGACUGACUGGCCUUUUCAGAGAAAUACGCAGGAGCGUCUGCUGCGCCGCGGACGAGAUGGCGAAAGGCACGUUUUUCUACGCAGUGAGAAAGGGAUUAAAACCCGGAGUCUACAAGUCCUGGGAUGAAUGUAAGAGUCAGGUGGACAAGUUCCCAGCGGCCUCUUUCAAGAAGUUCGCUGCAGAGCGAGACGCGUGGGCGUUCGUCCGCGGGGUGGAGCUCACCCCCCCACCGGAGGCGAAGAGCGCAGCUCAGAGUUUUGAGCCGGCUCUCUCCCUGCUGCCUAAACGAGGCCCCGAGCCUCUGGAGUACAUCCCCCUGGGGAAGAAGAGACGCCACCCAGACGAGGAGCUGGUGUCCCCCCCCAAACGAGUCAAAGAGACAGAAAGCUCCUCGUCACAAAACCCAGAUGGAUUCACAUACAUGGGUGACGCUGUGGUCGUCUACACUGACGGCUGCUGCACGUCGAACGGAAAGGUCGGAGCCCGAGCCGGCAUCGGAGUCUACUGGGGUCCCAACCACCCACUAAACACUGCGGAGCGACUUCACGGGAGACAAACCAACCAGCGGGCGGAGCUACGGGCCGCCUGCAAAGCUCUGCAACAAGCUAAAGAGAAGAACAUCAAGAAGUUGGUUGUUUACACCGACAGCAAGUUCACAAUCAACGGUGUGACCAAGUGGGUGAAGAACUGGAAGCUGAACGGCUGGAGGCUGAAGUCUGGAGGACAAAUCACCAACAAAGACGACUUUGUGAUUCUGGACCGGCUGAACGCAGAGCUGGAGGUGGUCUGGCUGUAUAUUCCAGGUCACGCCGGCUACACAGGCAACGAGGAGGCCGACAGACUCUCCAAAGAAGGAGCCGUGAAGCCUCUGGAGGAGCAAGACGUGGACGACACUGACGAUUUGGAUUAAAUGGAGUCGGAUCACGAGCGUCUGGUUUAUCGGGUUUGGACAUUUUUGGUUUUCCCCUCGCAGCAGAUGUGAUGAACCCAAAAACUCAGAGGAGGGGAGUGUGUGUUUGUCUGUUGAAUGUUCUGUUCUUAAUAAAGUUCCACUGGAAACAAA